ACAAGACAAGACACACACAGACUCACGGACUCUUUCCCGAUAUAGCGGCAGACACAUAUAGCUACUGUAAAAAAAGAGAGAGAUGCACAGCCACUAUAUUAGAGUAUUUCUUAAACAUUCAAAGCUGCAUGGUGAGAUCAUGUAAAACUAGUCGCGCCUUAAAUAAGUCAGUGUUUGUUAAACCGUCGAGAAAGAUGGCGGCUCUGGUCUUUUUUGGCUCGGUUACCGGGGCGACUACUUGGCACAUCAACACAACCCAACUUUAUUCACCGAUAACCACACUCCGCGACCGCUGCCCAUGGAGUCAGCGUAAGCUACCAGCACCAAGUGACACGCGCAAAUUCACAGCAAAAGGGACGAAAGACAGUUGUAUAUCCCCGAUAAGCCAGCAGUCAGAGGAUGGCGCAACCCCUCUCCGCGAAAUCCAACACCGCAAUGAACACGUCGACAUCACCGCUCAAACAGCACAUGUCAACAAAUAUGUACCAAGACCCUGACGCGGACCUGUCUGAAGGGCCACCCAGCUCGCCCUUCAUGGCAAACGGCAACAGCCAGUCCGAGAACAUCCCCCCCGCGAAGCAGGAGACUGCCUCACCGUCGCCGUCGCCCGCGAAUCGAAAUAGCGUGGUGUCUCCCCUGAAGAUGCUGAAGAUCCGCUCGAUCCAGUCCGACGCAAGCACACCCUCCCAAAGGAGUCCGCGCAAGAUAUCCUCCCCAGACCGUCGCUUCCCCGUCAAGAUCGCGCUCUCGCCCACGCAGGAAACCCAGCCCCAGUCCCAACCUCAACCUGCGCCCCGACAAAUCCAGGAGACGACCCUAACCAUCAACGACGUGCUGCGCGACAACGAGGGCCUCACGAAAGCCAUCCAGAUCCUCGAGGACGAAGACAGCGACGACGGCACGGGCGACGACUACGCCGAUGCCGAAUCGGGCUUCGACGAUACGGUCCUGACGCGCAAUGGCGGCGAUGACGAGGGGUUCGCGGACGAAACGGCAUUCAGCGCCUUCUCCGCCGUCCCCGACAUGACGAUGUACGCACAAAUCGGGCACACGCCGACCAAAUCCCUUUCCUCGCGCGCGCCCCCCAACCUCGCCUCCUCCUACACGCCCGCGACGCUGCGUCGGCCGAUGCGCCAGGACGAAUCGUCGCCGACACCGCGCCGCGAACAGCACGACACUACGAAUAUCAUCGAUUUCACGGAGCAGUUCAACAACUUCAGCACCGCGCGACACAGCUACGAGUCUCCGCUGAGGAAUCAAAGCUCCUACACCAACAGCAGCAGCAGCAGUAGCGCGCGGACCCCCUCCCCUAACAAACACCGCAGCUUCCAAGUCCCGUCUUCAACACGCAUGUCGAACCUCCUGGACUUCGAUAUCCCCCCCGCCCCGACCCCGCGGAGCAUGCCCUCCGUCACACCGCGCGAGCUCGAGGGAUUAAAAUCCGCUCUCCUCUCCGAGAUAAGCAGUCUGAAAGCCUCGCUCUCGGGCAAGGAAGCCGAAGUAGUCUUCCUCAAAUCCGCGAUCGGCGACGCGGAGAAGCGCGCGGGGGAUGGGAUGGAGAUGCUCCGCGACGAGCGUUCGGCGCGCGAGCAGCUGGAGGCGGAGAAGGAGGCGUGGGAGAAGAGGGGACGGGAGAUGGAGGGCGUGCUGCGCAAUGUGAAGGAGGAGAUUGUGCAUGCGGAGCGGGAGAGGGAGGAUCUAGAGGGGCGGCUGGACGAGAGCGAGAAGCGCCGCGAGGCGGCGGAGGGGAUGGCGCAGGAGGCCGAGUCGAAGAUGGCGGGCAUGCGUGCCGUCGCCGCACAAUCGGCCGCCGGCUCCGGAUCACCGGGCCAGGACGCGGCGAAGAGGGCGGCGGGGGCGAGCGCGGCGCACGAGGUGGAGUUUGCGGUCGAGAAGGUGGCGAGGGAGUUGCAUGCGCUGUAUAAGAGUAAGCAUGAGACCAAGGUCGCUGCUUUGAAGAAGAGUUAUGAGGGGAGGUGGGAUAGGAGGGUUAAAGAGCUCGAGGCUAAGGUUGAGGACCUCGCGCACGAGAAUGAGGAUCUCAGAAUCGGUCGCGACGCGACGAUGAGCGGUGUCGUCCCGCGCAUGCCUGUUGACGACGUGACGGAGGAGCUGCGCGCGAAUGCGGCGAUGGAUGCGCAGAUCGUGAGGGAGCUGGAAGCCCGCCUUGAGGGCCUGGCGCAGGAGGUGCAGAGUUUCAAGGCUGAUAACGCCGGGUUGCGAGAGGAGCUGCAGCAGGAGAGGAUUGAGAAGGGGGAGCUGGUCGCGGCGUGUGAUGAGCUGCUUGCGUUGCAGGAGGUGAGCGCGGCGAGGGGCCCGGCGGUUAGUAGCGGGGUGGAGAAUCUGAGGGGGAGUAUAAGUAGGGCGUCGGGGUUGAGGGCGCCGAAUUAUAGUGCUGGUGGCGCGGGGGAGAGCAAGAUUAGACCCCCUGGCGGCGGUGGUGGUGGUGCGGCGGCGGGAGAUAGGGCGAGGAGUGGGAGUGGUGCGCAGGGGAGGCCGGGGAGUGGGUUGGGGAUGAGACCGGGGAGUGGGCUGGGGAUGAGGCCGGGGAGUGGAUUGGGGGGGCGGAGUGGGAUUAUGGGGUCGAUUGAACGGAUGGGGAGUUAUAAGGGACGGGAUUAAGGUUGGGAGGCCGGGUUAAGUUGUUAUUAUGAUUCUUGGGAGGUAGGGGUAUUAACGUAGAAUAUGGGAUUAACGAGUCAAGCCAUGUAUAGAUAGGAUAGUGGAAACAGCAAUGGAAUCCCACGCCUCUUUCUCAA